GCUUCUGACCCCGUUCCGUGCGCUCCGUAAGGAUAGACAAUCAGCCUCGCCAUCUGCCGCCUCGGGUCCGGUUUUCCACAUCCGGCAAGUGCCCAGGUUUUUUUUGGUUGCUGCUUGGGGUUUUGAAUUUGCGUGACAAGGGCUGGUGGGAAAACUCGCCGCAUAGAAAUUGAAUGCGUUGCGGUAUGAGAAGGUGAUGUGGCCUGGUGGGCUCCACCAUUGGCUCGUCUAUCGGUCCAACUUUGAAUUGUUCCUAUGAUACCGCUUGACGAACGUGGAUUAGGGACGGGGCUAAGGCGCUAUGCUCGCCUCCGAAUAUAAGCAGGAUAGCUUGUGUUGCUCCUGUGUCGCGCUCGUCCCAUCAGACGUUCGAACAGACUUGCCCAACCGGUACGUAAACCAUACCGGUUCGCGGUGCCGGGUUGCAAGAAAGGAGUUUGGCCGAGACCGAUGGAAUCGCCGGAAGGACCAAUCCAUCAUUGGUAUCUGUCUCAUCUUGUCAUGAUGUGAAGGUGAUUCGGUCGGUCCAAAGGGCGGUAUCAUCCAGAGACGAGAGAGAUCCCGAUACGGUAUAGUGGGCGGUUGCUACCCCGUCGAUAGGAAUUUCGAUCGUGUCUCUUUGGAUUGUGGAUGGCUACCAUUUACAGCUUCGAAUACGGUAGAAGAUUUCUAAAUAUAUGCGUCAGACUUAUGGCGGACAAGUGGAGAUCAAUGAUCUGCUUUAUUUUUACCUCAUCCUCCAUUGGGAGAAUGCAUUGGCGAGCGUCUCUGUUGAGCGGGGAACAGAAAGUGUGCCUUGGAGUCCCUACGUGGCGACGAACGUGUCGCCCGCGGGAAAAACACGGCGGUCGGCAAAAUGGUAUCAAACACUAAUAUUAGCGUCGUCUGGGCCACUCUGCCCGUAUUCUCGGUCAAAACUCUUCUACUGAGAUUCAAAGCAGUAAAGGUGAAGGUCCAGGUCCAGGUCGAGGCCUGCAGGUUGCGCACUUCGAAGUCACGUCCACAAAAGUGGUGACCAACAUGACAUGGUGAUGAGACGACACCACAGACGUAACGACCACAUAUGUUCACGUGAAUGCGAAUUCAUAUUGGUGUUCUUGUCCAGUGUUGGAACAUUAAUUGCGAUUGAAACACCCCAAUGGUUAUUCCGUGAUAAGUCCGAGCCGAUCGCGAUAUCAGCUUUCAAUUUAUUUUCGCCUAAUCGAAGUCUGUGACCGUUGAUAUCCUGCUCGUCUGCUCGUCAGCCCGUCUUCACAGAAGAGUGAUUGGAGAUAUCCAAGGUGACGAUCACGAUAGCCCGUAGUGACUGGUCUUGGAAGUUUAAAAAGGAGGUUGAGUUCGGGGAAGAACGGGCUGUGAACGCCCGUCGAUUGGAGCACGUCGCGUUUUGAGUUGAACGGGAUCAGUCGACGACGUCACAGACAACCCUGAGCGACAGAACUGGGCAUUCACAGCAGAGUGCACUCCGAUAUGGCCGUGCUCGACUCUGCGCCAUUGCUCAAGCUAGACCCAUGGCUGCAACCGUACAUACACCCAAUCGCGUCGAGAUAUGCGCACUUCAUGAAAUGGAAGACGACAAUCCAGGACACGGAGCACGGCUACGAUGCAUUCAGCAAGGGCUGGCUCAAGUUCGGCCUCAAUGUCGCCAAAGACGGCUCAAUCACUUAUCGCGAGUGGGCACCAGGUGCAACGGAGGCGAGCUUGAUCGGCGAUUUCAACAACUGGGACAGGAGUAGCCAUCCCAUGACGAAGGAUAUGUUCGGUGUAUGGAGCAUUACUGUGCCACCGGUCAACGGACAGCCCGCUAUUCCCCACGAUAGCAAGAUCAAGAUCUCUAUGAUCAGCUCCAACGGGGAGCGUGUCGACAGACUCCCUGCCUGGAUCACUCGCGUCACUCAAGAGCUCGCUGUUUCUCCUGCCUACGAUGCACGCUUCUGGAACCCACCCACAGGCCAGAAGUACACCUUCAAGCACCCACGUCCUCCCAAACCCCAGGACCCUCGCAUAUACGAGGCGCACGUUGGUAUCAGCACUCCCGAACCUAAAGUCGGCACGUACAAGGAGUUCGAGCAGAACGUGCUACCCAGGAUCAGAGAUGGGGGUUACAACACAAUCCAGUUGAUGGCUAUUCAGGAGCACCCAUACUAUGCAUCCUUUGGAUACCAAGUCACGUCCUUCUUUGCUGCAUCCUCCCGCUAUGGCACCCCAGAGGAACUCAUGUCAAUGAUUGACACCGCUCACUUUAUGGGCUUGACAGUCCUGCUUGAUGUCGUACACUCUCACGCUUCUAAAAACGUGCUCGAUGGAAUCAACGAGUUCGACGGCACAGACCAUCUCUACUUCCACGGCGGUGGUAAGGGAAGGCAUGACCUGUGGGACAGUCGUCUGUUCAACUACGGCUCGCAUGAAGUGCUCCGCUUCCUCAUGUCAAACCUGCGCUUCUACAUGGAGGAAUAUAUGUUCGACGGGUUCCGCUUCGAUGGUGUUACUAGUAUGAUGUACGUUCACCAUGGUAUGGGCACGGGCUUCUCUGGGGGGUAUCACGAGUAUUUCGGCCCUUCCGUUGACGAAGAGGCCGUGGUCUACCUCAUGCUUGCAAACGACAUGCUACACUCGCUGUAUGAUGGUGUCAUCACUAUUGCCGAGGAUGUCAGCGGCAUGCCAACCCUCUGCCUACCUACGGAUAUCGGCGGUGUUGGCUUUGACUUCCGCUUGAGCAUGGCCAUCCCAGACAUGUGGAUUAAGCUUCUCAAAGAGAAGAGCGAUGACGAAUGGAAUAUGGGCAACAUCGUCCACACCCUGACCAACCGCAGGCAUGGCGAGAAAAGCGUGGCAUACGCCGAAAGUCACGACCAGGCCUUGGUCGGCGACAAGACCCUGGCAUUCUGGCUCAUGGACAAGGAGAUGUAUACCCACAUGUCUGAUUUGACACCGCUUACCCCCAUCAUCGAGCGUGGCCUAUCUCUGCAUAAGACGAUUCGUCUCAUUGUGCACGCCCUCGGUGGGGAGGCGUAUCUCAACUUUGAAGGGAACGAGUUUGGUCACCCAGAAUGGCUCGACUUCCCUCGUCAGGGCAAUAACAACUCGUUCCACUAUGCCCGUCGCCAGUGGAAUGUAGUCGAUGAUCACUUGCUGCGGUACAAGUAUCUCAAUGAGUUUGACAAGGCCAUGAACUGGUUGGAGGAUAAGUAUCAUUGGCUGCGCUCGCCCCAGGCCUACGUAUCGCUCAAGAACGAGGCCGACAAGGUGAUUGUAUUCGAACGUGCUGGCCUUCUCUGGAUUUUCAACUUCCAUCCCACUCAAUCAUUCACGGAUUAUCGGGUUGGUGUGGACACACCCGGCAAGUACAAGGUCGUCCUAUCGAGCGACGAAAAGAGGUUUGGCGGCUUUGACCGCAUCGACAUGAAUGGCGAAUACUUCACCACACCGAUGUCGUGGAACAACCGGGCGAACUGGCUGCAGGUCUAUAUCCCAACCAGGACCUGCCUGGUUCUCGGGCUGUAAUUGAAAGCAUGAUCAAGCACACGGACUGCAAAAUGAAUCAAAAAAGGCGCUUGAAUAUACCUUCGUUCGAGUUUCUUAGGUAUAUACAAAUUGUUCGAAUGUAAAUAACCUGUCCGUCUGAACGAGAAUGAACGUCAUUGCACAUGCUGGUCGUAGAACACGAAUCUGAGCUAAGAAUACAGUGAAGUAACUCUUCAGGACCUUGAUUUUCUACUCAAACUCAAUCUCAUCAUCGCCCUCAGCAAAGUCACCGUCAUCCAUGUCGUUCGGCUCCUUUGGCUCCUCAUCCUCCCCAUACUGCAGCAUAUAGUCAAUGUGUUCCAAUAUCGCUUGAAGCGAAUCCUCGUCUGUCACAUCCAACGGAAGGAAUUGUACCAUGUUGUGGUCUUCAAUCAACUGCACAAUAGCCUGGUUCAACGAAUGGAACUUCGGAUUCGUCUUCGCAGCAGGCUCAUCAACCAGCAACAGCGGGUCCGUCUCCAUAUACCGCUGUAUCAGCCCCUUCCUCAUCUCCGCAUUCUUCCCCCCUUUCUUCGCCACCAGGUCCAUCUUGCUAAUCAAGUUCAGGUGCGGCACUUCGAGGUUCACCAUCGUGCUCAUCGCGCUCAUCACCCCGGAAAAGAACUUGGACCGGUCUUCCAUGAACUGGGAUUCGAGCAGGUAGACGGCACAUAUUCGUAUGGAUUGGAUGGCGAGAUGUGCGAUUAGUUUUGGGAGUAAGGGAUGGUGUGUGUAGAGUUCGAUCUGGCCUGGACAGUCUAUUAUUAAGUAGUCAUUAUCAUAUUCCCCAAUCUCCUCAUCCAGCCAGUCAAGAUUUUCUAGUAGAUAU